AUGCCCGCGAGCCAGGAUCGCGAUGAGUCUCCCAUACGGAUUAGUGACCGCCUAUACGAAUUGUGUCGGUCGUCCGAGAGCGUCUCAUCCCUCGUAGCCAAUGACCCGUCUCUAGCCCCCGGUGACGCGUGGAAAAGGCUAUACGGCGACUACGACGGCAUCCGUGGCCGAGACAUCAGCAAUAUCGGGAGGAGGCCCAUCAGCGACAAAGAGCUGCGGAGGGCCCGGGAGUGCGGGCGGUGGGGUCCGCAGGAGCCCAGCGAUCUAUUUCUCAGGAUUUACCAUGACGCGCUGUGCAUGCUAGACGAUGAUCUUGCCGGCGGCACGGUGAGCCCCCCGUUGAUGGGCACCUGCGGAACCGUACCAUUAACUAUCUUCUCCGUCAUCCCCGACAUUGUGAGGCACAUGUCGAACCUGAUCGUACGGGCGGAGAAGGAGGUGUUUCUCGUGACGAAUUACUGGGCGAAUGGGGUUGCGGCUCGAUAUAUCGCGAACGCGCUGCGGGAGCUGUCGCGGCGGGUGGGGCACCGGGAGGGCCCACGGGUCGUGGUCAAGAUCCUCUACGACCGUGGGAGCGUGCGGCAGCUCCUCGAGCCGCACCUCGUCGUUUCCGAGGACGAGUUCGCGGGGGAAGCGGUGGGGCUACCGACACGGCGCGAAAUCGAGCACAUCGACCUCGCCGUCGCCAACUACCACCAGCCGCUGCUCGGCACCGCCCAUGCCAAGUACAUGGUCGUCGACCGCCGCGUCGCCGUUAUUCAAAGUAACAACAUCCAGGACUCUGACAACAUCGAGAUGAUGGUUCAGGUCGAGGGUCCCGCUGUCGACACACUCUACGACAUGGCCCUGCUCACCUGGCACCGCAUCCUCGACCCGCCACUGCCGAUGCGCAAUUCCUCUGCCACUGCUGCGUACGAAAGUGGGGAUAGGGGGAGUUUCGGUAAGAGCCACGCGGACAUAUUCGGUCCCGGAGGCACAAUUAAGGGGUACCCGGUGGUUGUUGACCCGGCUUAUAUGCCAACUGAGAACUACGACCUGGCCGCGAUCCAUCCGCGGAACGAGACGAGCGGAGAAGAAGAGGCGGUCCGUUCCAGGAGACCCGCGACGGGAGCCACAGUCCCUUCGAGCUACGGUGACGUUGAUGGGCACGUAGCCGCAAAAUCUCAGGAAGACGUAGCAGAUCUCACCCACAUCGAAACGGAAGACGCCGCGGCCACCGCCGACGCGCUUCCAGAACACACUGCUGACGACCCGCACUACGACGCGACGCUUGCGGGCGAGAUCCAGCGCGUGCAAGCGUCGCUGCUGCCGCGGCGGGGCGAAACGCAGCAGGAGGUGCUGACGCGGCACCUCAACCACACAGUGAACGUGGGGUUCUCGCCGCCGGCGCCGGCCCCUCGAGCCACCCCCCUCUCGGCCAAGGACGCGAUGACGCCGUACAUACCACACGCCCCGCACGCGCCAUUCCCGAUGGCACUCGUAUGUCGGCCGCCAAACGGGGCCCCGGGGGGCCGGGGUCCGGCGAGCGCCGCGGUGAAGAACCCCCAGGAUGCGGCGUGGCUGGCGGCGGUACGGCGCGCACGCGAGAGCGUGCUCGUGCAGACGCCGACGCUUAACGCGGGUCCGCUGAUCGAGGCCCUAGCCGAGGCGUGCGAGAGGGGCGUCGAUGUUUACUGCUACGUGUGUCUCGGGUACAAUGACGCGGGCGAACUGCUCCCCUUCCAGGGCGGCCACAACGAGGGCGUCGCGCACCGGCUGCACACGUCUCCCGAGCUCCUCUCGUCGCCGGCCGCGAAGGCGCGCCUGCACUGGCACUGGUACGUCGCGGCGGACCAGACGGCGCCGCUGCCGGCCACCUCGAUCUUCCCGGCGCCCGGGUCGCCGUCGCACCCCGCGCCGUACCGCCGCCGCAGCUGCCACGUCAAGCUGCUCGUCGUCGACUCGCAGGUCGCCGUCGUCGGCAGCGGCAACCAGGACGCCCAGAGCUGGUACCACAGCCAGGAGGCGAACCUGCUGCUCGACUUCGCGCCUCGCCCUCGCGCGCCGCUCUCCCGUCCUCCUUCUCCUUCUUCCCCUUCUUCUUCUUCUGCCGCCUCCGGGCCCCCGCCGUCGGGUGACGGCGGCCAGCAGCCGGCGGAGGCGCGAGGAGGCGCGCACGAAGACGACCCGGGAGCGCUCUCGCCCGCCGCGACCGUGUGCAGGGCCUGGAUCGACGCGGCGGUCCGCCGCGCCCAGAACACGGCGCGGUGCGGCGCCGUCGACCCGCAGGACGGGGUGUGGAGGGCGCCGGCCCGAAGUGGCGGUAGCGGCGGUAGCGACGGCGGGCAAGAAGGAGGCGGGGCGGAGGAGGAACGGAGGGAGGCUUCCGGCGCCACCGGCGUCGACCCAGGGAGGUUCAGCUGGGCCAGGGGGAUCAUGGGCGCGGUGAGGAGGGUUAGGGGGGAAGGGGGGUUUUGA